UAGUUGUGGACAGAAGAACCAAAGUGGGAGCUAAAAGAUGUAAAAAUUCAUUAGAGCUAAAAGGAACAGCAGAGUUUGGUGCAAAUUAUCUUUGGAUUUGUCACUUUGAGGGAUCACAUUUCACAAAGUCUUCGUAUUUAGUGUUAAUUAGAGCAGCUUAAUGGGUUUGGGAACAUUUUUAGGCACCAAAACAAAAUGCAUUUAAAGUUAAAAUGACUUUAUGUCUGAGCCACAGUUGUGUUUCUUACAGGGAAACUCCCUCCUGUGGUGAUUACUGUCAUCCCAGACUUAAACCUCCCAAUUCUUGACAUGACAGCAGCUCCUCAGCACCAGAGUCGCUUCUUCAUGUGGCUCACAGUUGGUGUUUUAUUUAGCAUUCUGCUGCUCAUGGCUGUAAUCCCCACUGUGAUGUGUGUCCUGCGCAAAAGCUACACUAAACUCAGGUCAGACAACGAAAUAGAGCUUUUACCACUGCAUAGUGAAAUUUCAUACCGACGCACACAGAUAGUAGAGUCUCCUCCCCAGCAGUCUGACGUGGUGGAGGGUGUGGCCCAGUUGUUGGAGGGGCUCAGUGGCCGGCUGCUGGACAGUCUGAGGGAGGUCCUUGUAGAGAGAGAGCAGCUGACUCUAGGCAAGGAACUGGGCAAAGGAGAGUUUGGUUCAGUGUAUGAAGGUGUCUUUACUCCAGAGGGUGGUGUGGACAUCAAAGUGGCUGUGAAGACCAUGAGAGUUGGAAUCCACAGUCAGGAAGACUUGCAUGAGUUUCUAAGAGAGGCAGAGAUCAUGAAGAACUUUGAUCAUGAAAAUGUCGUCAGACUACUAGGGGUCACUUUACAGAGAGAGCAGGACUCUCCUCUGCCUGUUCCUCUCGUCAUCCUGCCCUACAUGAAGCACGGAGACUUGCGCCGUUUCCUGAUAGCCACACGCUAUGGUGAUAUCCCUAUGUUUGUGCCCCACCAGAGUCUCCUGCGCUUCAUGAUCGACAUUGCAGCAGGGAUGGACUAUUUGAGUCAGCAGGGGUUUCUGCACAGAGACUUGGCUGCACGCAACUGCAUGCUAGGUGAUGACCUUAGGGUAUGUGUGGCUGAUUUUGGCCUGUCCAAGAAAAUCUACAGCAGCAAUUACUACCGUCAGAAAGUAGCUAUCCGUGUGCCAAUCAAGUGGAUGGCCAUGGAGAGCCUGUCUGAGUCCAUCUACACGACCAAAAGUGAUGUGUGGUCAUUCGGAGUAACCAUGUGGGAGAUUGUGUCCCGAGGCAGGACGCCCUAUCCUGGAGUCCACAACCACGAACUGCUGGACCUGCUGCAGUCUGGACACAGGCUCAAACCACCCGAGGACUGCGAUCACAAACUUUAUGAAAUUAUGAAGAGCUGCUGGAAUAGGGAGCCUCCCCGGAGGCCUGGCUUUGGCGAGCUGGCUGAAGCACUGAAAGGGCUUCUGGCAGAACUUCCGAUCCUGGAGGCCAGCCAGGAGGCUAGUUACAUCAACCAGGGCCUGGCGGUGGCGGCUGCUGCUGCUGCAGCUGGUGGCGCCUCUCAGGAUUCACAGACAGACUCUAGGGGAAGAUGGGAAAACGUCUACCUGCCGAAUCCUGUGGGUGCUACUGCUACAUUCAGAGACGACGAUGUGGAAGUAGAGGAUGGUUAUCUUAAGUACAUUACUGGCUCAGCAGUUAAGGAGAACGUAAAUCACUGAAAAUGGACGAUGUUUUUGUAAGAUACACAAUGUAAUUCUUCUCAUGAACUAUGAGGAAGGGACAGAGAUGUGGUAUGCAUUUAUAAUCUACAUCUUUAAGGGCUAGGAGAGGAAGGAGGCAGUCACUGGCUCUCAUUAAGCAACCAGAAAACAAAGCAUUUUACUUAAUUUUUGAAAUGUUUGUAUAUCUUUAUAGUGUAAACAGGUCAUGUUAAAUUCACCUGUCUAAUAUUGUGUAGGUUCCCCUCAUGCCACCAAAUCAGAUCUCACUCUUGAAAGCAUGUCCACAGGACCUCCUUGAGUGCCCUGUAGUG